UCACCACCAAAAGCAUUCACUCAUUAAUAUUCAUUUCCAUAAUAUCAAAAACCAAGUUAACAUCAUAUCACCCUCAUUAUAUACAUAUCUUUCUUCAUGACUCACAAGAGUUUGGUCCAACUUCAAGUUCAACCCUAAACAAGAAAGAGAGAGAAACCAAGAUGGAUUAUUAUGGAGGAAAGAUUGGUGGAAGUGAUCAAAGAGGUAAUGGUGGUGGUGGUGGGCCAUGUGGUGCUUGCAAGUUUUUGAGAAGAAAGUGUGUAAAAGGUUGCAUAUUUGCACCCUAUUUUGAUUCGGACCAAGGAACGGUUCAUUUUGCGGCGGUUCAUAAGGUGUUUGGUGCUAGUAAUGCCUCUAAGUUACUCAUGCGUAUUCCGGUUCAUAAACGUCUUGAUGCUGUUGUUACUCUUUGUUAUGAGGCUCUUGCUAGGGCUAGAGACCCUGUUUAUGGUUGUGUUGCUCAUAUCUUUGCACUUCAACAACAGGUCAUGAGCUUGCAGGCGGAGUUAACAUAUGUUCAGGCGACUCUUGCGACAAUGCAGCACCUCCCGAUCAACCCUCAAAACUCUUCUCCGACUCUACAAUCUUCCGCGAAUCACUUAGGAACAAAUGCAGACAUGUUAAGUGCCUCGAAUUACAUGUCCAUGCACAUUGAUCCUCAUCAACAACUUUCAGCAUCAUUGGACUUGAGUAGCUUCUUCAAUCAAUCAGAUCAACAACAACUUGAGGAUGAUGAACUCCAAGCUUUGGCUAGAGAAUUUGUCUCUAGGUACUUGCCUGGAGUGAGAUUUCAGCCUUCUAAUUCUAACUAGGAUUUUUUUUCUGUGUUGUCAUUUUUGUUGCAUUUUGACGCUAAUGUUUUUAUUUUUUCGGAAUUAUUUCUAAUGAGUCUGUUACUAAUUGUACCUGAUCGAUAUGUGCUAGUUUCAAAAUGAAGAAUUAUGUAACCAAACUAGGGACUUUUCGUAUUUUUUUGGCAAUUCAUUUUUUUGCAUGUUGAGAGAAUAUAAAAAUUCAGAUAAACUUAUGGAACA